GACGCGUUCGUGGGCGGUAAAAAACGGUACAAGCUAAUUGUUUAUGGUAAAGUGGAAUCGAGAGAAACGGAAAGUUAUGUGCUGCAUUGGAUUUUUUGUAUUAUAGCUCUAAUUUUAUUCAAAACAAGAAGUUAAUGCUGCAAGAAAAACUCAUUCAAACGCAUAUUUUCCGAACAAAUAAUUCAUAAAACCGAGAGUAAUGUUAAAAAUUAUAUGAAUAGUUGAUUAUAAGUAAAACAAAAAUAAUACAUACAUAUUGCGGUCUUUGAUUGCGCAUCACCUCAACCGCAACCACCCGUCACCGCAUUCAAAGGCCAACCAUCCAACAAAGUGGUCUCAAUCAAACGCACAAUAAUUACGCGCAUACAUUUAUAUUUAUUAAAAACACACACAAAAAAAUCACCUGUCAGACACGUCGAAAGUGUAAAGUAAAAGGGUGCAAAGCCCAAGGGAAGACAUGUUUCGUGCUUCGCAGAUCGCCAGUGAAGAGACACUGCCUGCACUUUUUGACACUUCGACACAGCUUACGAGUACAACGAACGAGGCUGAUGAUGCCGGAACAUAUCUCAGAAAAUAUAAUCGAAGAUUCUCAUUGAAAUAUGGCCUUACAACAACUUUACCACCGAUUAAAUAUAAAUAUCCACUGGCUGUAAUUUUUGUGCUUUUAACAAAAUUUUUUGAGGCAUUCGCGGCGAAUGGCAUUAGAACUAUUUUGGUUUUGUAUUUACGUGAUGAUCUCUACUUCAGUGAAAACUUUUCAACGAUUAUGCUGCAUAUCUUUAACUUUUUUGGGCAAUUUUGUCCAAUUUUCGGUGCUAUAUUGGCUGACAGCUAUUUUGGCAAUGUGCGCACCAUCUCCUACUUUUGCAUAUUGUAUGGGUCCGGUUGGGUAAUGUUGAUUUUGACCGUUUUGCCCAAUAUAGGAAUAUCUCUGGUUCUCUUAGUAUCCGUGUCGUUGUUAUUUAUUGCCAUUGGCAAUGGUUCCAUACGCGCUUGCAUAACCUCGCUUGGUGCACAACAAUUCAAAGUGCCCGAGCAGGCAACUCGUUUAGCGGAAUAUUUUUCAUUGUAUUAUUUUGUGUACUAUUUUGGCAUAUUGCUGAGCAAAAUUGUGCCUCCCUAUGUACGCGCUAAAACACAGUGUUUCAAUAAAACUGACUGCUAUCCAGCGGUAUUCGGCACGCUCGGCUCAUCCUUUGUGGCAUCUUGGUUAAUUUUCACAAUAGGCAAAUUUUACUACAAACCUGAAAAGCUUUCCGAAGAAAAUAUUCUUCUAAAAUUUUAUGGUUGUAUUAAACAUGCUUUGGUGGUUAAAUGGAGUAAAAUAGGCAGAGAUGAACGCCCUGCCUAUUGGCUGCACAAUGCAGUUGGCCAAUACGAUGAGGCUUUCGUGAACGAUGUGGGCAAAGUAUUAAAGAUAACUAAGCUUUUCCUGCCACUACCCGUAUAUUUCGCUUUGCUGGCACAACAGGAUUCCAGUUGGACAUUUCAAGCUUCAAUGAUGAAUAUGACAGUGGCAGAUACGAUAACCAUACAACCGGAUCAGGCUAAAGCCAUGGGGCCAAUUUUGCUCUUCUUCCUUAUACCUUUAUGGCAAUAUAUUUGUUUGCCCAUCAUUCGUUGUUUAUGUGGCAACGAAAUUAAACCGCUGCAAAGUGUUACCAUUGGCGGUGUUUGCUCAGCGAUGUCAUUUAUCUGUGCUGGAGUGCUGCAAGAGUACAUCGUUAACCAUCCUUAUGGUUAUGUGAAUAUUGUCUGGCAAGUGCCCCAGUUCUUGCUGCUAAUGCUGGGCGAGUUAUUGCUGUCCAUACCAGGAUUGAAGUUUGCAUUCACACAGGCGCCUGCUUCCAUGAAGUCUGUGGUUACAGCUGCGUGGUUCAUCAACAACGCUUUUGGUAAUCUCAUUGUUGUGAUUAUAACGAAAUUAAAUAUUUUUACUUCUCAGAGUAACGAGUACUUGUUCUAUGCUGUUCUCAUGGUUUUUUGUAUAAUAAUUUUUGCUAUGUUAGCCUAUGAUUAUGCGCUGCAACAGCAACCCGGUGAUUUACACCCCAACCAUAAUUUAUCACUGCCUACAGCGAAGGAUGAUGAACCUAACACUAGCGCUGCAAGCGCUGGCACUCGCAGAACUAGUGUCUAAUUAGCUUAAAAGUCUAGACAUUUUAUGUUCAAAAUAAUAAAAUUGGCUAAUUUAUUCAUUCAUUAAAUUACUUUCUAAUCCAAAAUUUUGAAAAUAUAUUGCAAUUCCAAAAUUGUAUCAUCAGGCAAAUCAGUGCAAUGAA